GAAGAGAUUUGCUCAGCGUAUGGCCACUAACAUGGAAGGAGAUGGUGUGUCGGCUCCCUUACCGGGAAGAUGUGGCUUUUACGUCGUGAAGAAAAGGCGUUAUUGUAAAAUGAUAGUGGGACGUGGAAAGGCGUUUUGCGGGGAACAUGCGAAUGUGGAGCACGAUGCUGAGAGGAUAAGAGUCCCAUGUCCACUGGAUCCCAAGCAUACAGUAUAUCAGGACAAUUUGGAAAAGCAUCUUAAGAAGUGUAACUCAAGGGAGAAACUAAAACCGGUAUAUUACAUUCAGGAUGUCAACGCUGGCCCACAGGAAGAUGAGGGUCUUCUAUUGGAUGAGGUACCACUAGGAGAACGUUCCAAAGAAGAGCUGAACUUACUGAUUCAAAAACUAAACAGGGCUGUCAGUGCUCUCUGUGAUGCUCUCAACGAUCCAAAAAAUGGCGAUUGUGCAUUCAAGCACUUGAAGCAACAGGCAUCUCUCCUGGGGAACAUGGACGCAUUGGGUUUGCUGGGACCGGAACGGUGCUUCAUCGAGUUCGGGGCAGGGAAGGGGAAGCUGUCCCACUGGAUCCACGUGGCCCUGCAAGGGUCUCGCAGUGUCCAUUUCAUGCUGGUGGAACGAUCCUGCACACGUUUCAAGGUAGACGGUAAACACAAAAAUGCAGACGUCACAUUUGAAAGACUGCAAGUGGACAUUCAGCACCUCUGUCUGCGUAAAGUUCCUUUUCUACAAGGAGAGAAAGUCCCAGUUGUUGGAGUUGGCAAGCACCUGUGUGGGGCGGCGACAGAUCUGGCACUGAGGUGUCUGCUGGAUAGUGUCGAGGACGAUGAGGAGAGCGGAGAGCCCCCCAGAAAACGCGUGAAGCAGGAGGGGGGGGCUAAGCGUGACCCUGCAGCCGCAGGCGAGGUCUCCGGGCUGGCCAUCGCGCUAUGCUGCCACCACCGCUGCGACUGGAGGCACUACGUGGGGAAGGAGUUCUUCCGGGAGCGGGGGCUGGGAGCCUCCGAGUUCGCUGCCUUCCAGCGCAUGUCCAGCUGGGCCACAUGUGGUCUGAGAAAGGUGGCUGGCGUGGAAGGCCGACCUUCAGUGGGAGAGUGGGGGGCUGAGGAGCACGAUCAGGGGGAGGACGCCGUACCCAGCACCUUGAACGACGUCGUGUCUGCAGAGGACCGCGAGCGAGUCGGGCGCCUCUGCAAGCUGCUGAUCGACUACGGAAGGGUCCACUUCCUCCAUGGCAAAGGGUUCGCCUCUGACCUCUGCUACUACACCAGCAAAGAUGUCUCACUGGAGAAUGUACUCCUAACUGCAGUUCCAACCAGUAUCAGUAGUUGAAGAACCCAAAAAAAAUGACAGCUGAAAAGAAUUUAGACCAGAGAGUAUUGACACCAACAUAGAGCUUAUCGGCACUGACUGGAAUCAUGGGUCAGACAGCCUUGGCAGGAAGCAGUGGACAAGAUGGCCUUGACAGGGAGCAGUGGACAAGAUGGUCUUGACAGGGAGCAGUGGACAAGAUGGCCUUGACAGGAAGCAGUGGACAAGAUGGCCUUGACGGGAAGUGGUAGACGGAACAGGGACAGCACUGGCAGGAACCAGAGACAAGCACCGGCAGAUAUGGGGAGCACACAGCAUGUUAGAGUGCAGGUGCCGCAUCGGGCCCAGGGCUGAUGGUCACGUUUAAUACUGAGGUGUAAUUUGCCUGGGUCUCUGUAAACAGAAGGACAAAUUCACAGCUUAAGUGUAUCGCUCAGAAUGCUGUAUUUCAGACAGUCAACAACGUCCGUAAUUCUACCUCCAGGGCAAACAGUGAACGUUAAUAACAGCGUAACCUCUCUUGCGGGCCUCCUUGAUGUAGGCGUGCAUGAAGUCUUUUCCAAACAUCUCCUGGUCGUCGUCCUCCUCGUCUACCACGGCUGCGUCCUGCUUGGCAAGUGACACGUCUAGUGUCAGUGGGUUGUCUCUGAAGUUCACGAACCUGAAGGUGCACCCCAGUAUAAAGUAAUGUUUUUGUUAUUUUAACAUUGUGCCUUAAACUGAAGCAGACAGGUCCCUUAAUGCGUAUUUGUAUUUUUAAAUAAAAUCUAAUCAUGAGCCUUGUUGAGUGUUGUCAAAGUCAAACCCACAGUGUUUUUUUUGUUGUGAUCCUUAUUUAGCAUGGUGCUAUUCCUUACCUGAGGUUACUCAUGCCCUCCAUCAAGGCAGGAAUGUCCCUCAGCUUAUUGCUGCUCAGCACCAGCGUCUCGAGACUGUGCAUGUAGCCAAUGUUGUCAGGCAGGACCUCUAGUUCAUUCCUCUGCAGCCACAGUGUGUGCAGCUUCUCCAUCCUGUCCGGGAUGCAGAGGCCGUGGUCACCGGGUGCCGGGCCGGUCACCGAGGGGGGGGUCACAGGACUGCAUCCCUGACCAGCUUACUUGUGGAUGUUCUCCGGCAGGUGAUCCAGCCGGUUGCCGCCCAUGUCCAGCCACUCCAGAGCUGGCAGGUCCAGCACGCUGUCAGGAAUGCUGGUGAACUGGUUCAUGGAGAGGUCCAGGUGGUACAGCUUGGUCAGUCUACUCAACUGGAGGAAAAAAAACAUGAAGAAGUGGUAGAAUCCAGCCAUCUGUUUUUUGCUGCUGCAGUUCUCAGUUUUAACUUUAGUACUCUUUAGUGUUUAGUAUUUAAAUUUUAGUACUUAGUAUUCAAUUAUUUUAUGAGAAAUCAGAGAAUUUAACUUCAUUGUGAAUGUGUAGAUGAUUAUAUUUUUCAUUCUGGUGCCCAUAGCACUUGAGAAUGAUCCCUUUACGAUUUUGUAUAUUGACGAGUUGAUAAAACCACCGAUUAGUCUGUAAGUGUGUGUUUUAGGUGUAACGCCACUUGAAUCUAGAUCGUGAAGUCGGCCUCCUUUCGUCGAUUGAGUUGUAAAGACUCGUCGCCCGUGUCAUGAACUCUUCCAGUGACUGCGAUCAGGCAGGUGCCUCUGGACCCUUGUGGCUGGGAUGGAGAGGCUGAGAAGAACCCCCAGGCCAAUUAAAUACCACCAAUUAAAUACUAAAAUAAGCUAUAACUGCAACCCGCAUUUUAAAUAUUUUCUCUUUACUUUUGUAUACUUUGAAUAUUUUUCUAGUGCGUAUUUUGUAUUAUUAUCUUUGUUUGGUUAUGCUAUCACUGUCUGCAGCUGUAGCAAUUUAAUUUAACAGCAGGUGCCCCAGUACAUUCAUGCAGGGCCAAAUAAAAAUCUUGAAUCUUUUUGAA